AUGAAGCACUACACUCGGUUACUAGAGCGCCGAAUCGACUGGACUCAACCCGCCCGAAAGCGGGACACAGAAGGAGAGGACGAUGAGGGAUCCGAAAAUGAAAAAAGUGCACAGAACCCUGUCGAGUCUUCUGCCAUGGCCACGGAUGAAGCUUCUCUCGCUGAUAACCGUUGUGACACAGUCUGGCAAGGGGUGAUCUCAGAACGAGUUCUUCAUGGAUUCAAGACGGUUCGAGCACCUACCGAUAAUAUUGCCAGAGAAAAUUUAGGAAGCAAGCUCUCUCCUUACUGGGAUACGGUGAAGAACUGGAGGCCGGCCGACGAAGAAUUGUAUGAGUAG